AACAGAGAGGGAGAGAGAGAGAGAGAGAGAGAGAGAGAGAGAGGAAAAAAAGAAAAAACUCCAGACCUGUCAGAAACGAAAGCAACACGACACAUAUAUAAACUGUACAUGAGUCUCACUAUAGUAUGAAGGUAUCUUGCUUUGUUCACUGCUGCUCCAAGAUGACUGUUUGGUGGCGGGAUCUCGUCUUCCUUUGCUGUGUACUCAACUGUGUGGAGUCCUCUUCUCCAUCUCCAGUCCUCCAGAGGAAUAAAUAUAACAACUCCUUUCAUCUCACGAGGUCCACCCGAACCCGUGUCCAGCUGCUGCAGAGGAAAUAUAAGGAGCAGCAGUUGGGUAACAAGCAUUUUGAGGACAAAAGCCGGCAGUUGAAGGAACUGCCAUUGCUUUCUACAGAUUUCUACAGCUGGUUAAAUCUGACGGACUGGGAACGACUGCAUGCUGCUUUCUGGGACAUGCACGUCUUUUGGAAUAUGCUGGAGUGUAAGAGAAAACAGCUGGAGAAGGAGGAGAAAGAGCAUAUGGUGGUGCGGGCGUUCGGCACCACUUUACCUCGGGGCAUCAGGCACAUUCAGCUGGACCUGAGGGACCUGAUGAGCCAAGUCAGCAGUCAGAUGAGUUACAUGAAGAGCUCUUGGAAGAAGCCAACCUCUCCUACAGCCUUGAGCCCACAAACCAGAUCAAAAACAGUAUGGGACAGCCGAGUGGAGGGUUACAUCAUUCUGAGGGAUCUAGACCUUUACCUCACUAAGCUGGCAAGAGACUUCCUCCUACUGGCUUCAAAAACACACCUAUGACACACACACACACACACACACACACACACACACACACACACACACACACACACACACACACACACACACACAGGCUGAACUUACAAUCAGCACCCUAAGAAUAAUAGUUUUAACUCCAAUUAGUGCUUUAUGGGCAUUGUCAUGGAGCUCUCAUUUAAGCCAGUCACAAUCUUUUUCUUCUUCUUGGGUAUUUCCCACAGUUUCUUUCUCACCUCUAACUGUAAGUUAGCAGUACGCUCCCUCAACAGAGAGACACUUACCAACAUCCUGUUUUUCCCCCAAGCCCUCAGCCUCCUGGACUUUCCAAAGAUAUAUGUACUAUUUAUUGACCUAUUUAUUAACAUACUAUUUAUUUCAAAGUAGUUUAUUUUAUUUCUCUUAUAAUAUAGAGAUACAGUGUUUAAAAUGAUAUUUGAUACAAGUGAAAAUAUAUUUAUGUAUGACUGUCAAUAAAGCGAUGAAGCAUUUAAAACAGUGACGACUUCAUGUUAUGAUUUUCUACUCUUU